UCUCAUCCUGUCCUUACUUGCUCUCCAGUCCAUUCUCAAUAUACGCGGCAUUCGUACUGUGUCUCUUGAGCCUGCGCGGCGUGUUUGUCGAGGGGUGCUCUUACGGUGUCGCCAGCGCCCUCGUCUACUUGGCCGAGGAAUCUCUUUUCUACGUUGGCACCAUUCUCAUCGCACAAGGCACAUGCACAUACCUUCAGAUGUCCCUAGUCCUCAACCUUGCCAUUUCCACCGUCUCCAUCGGCUUGCAAAUCAUGUCGUCUGCUCAACGAGUUGCUAAGUUCGUUCUAAUGACACAAUUUACACGACCUCAUCAAGCUAGACACGACCGGCGGCUUCGAGUCUCAGGGUGUCAUCCAUCCGAGGGUCGAAGGUCUUAUCUUCAACGUAUCAAUCUAUUACCUAACCCGCCCUUAUAUGUCCGUCCUGAACAAGGUGUCAAUGUGCAUUAUAGUGGUUGUGGGUACCUCGACGGUAGCAUGUCUGCUUUAACGGUCUCUAUGAGCCCACUUUAUGCACAGUCUUGGCAGGCCUCAAUGAGCUGAGCGCAACGGAUAUCAAUUACCUUCGCGAUCAUGCGUAUAAUUGCUCCUAGUGCCGAACCUAGCCCCGCGUCCCGACAAAGGUUGAUGAACUUACCCUCCGGGACAACUUUGCCUCUCUGGGUAUCAGGUUCUACAUGAAACAUUC